AUGGCCGAAGAGUACACACUCUUCUACAAUGACUACUCUAUCUGCUCGAUAAUGGUCCGGUACACGGUUGCAGUCAUUCAACAUCUUCAAGAUGGGCGCAUCAGGAUCAACGAGCAGCCAAUUGAUAUCCAGCACGGAGGACAACUGGCGGAAUCUUACCUAUGUAAAGUCAAUCCCAAAGGGACAGUUCCAGUCUUGACGAGCUCGAAUCCUCAACGCUUGAAGACGCCGCUCAGCGAGAGUGUGGACAUCACGUAUUUCCUCGCCGAAUAUUUUCCCACUCUGUGUCCUCCCCAUCUUGCCUCACAGAUUACAUCGCUUCUCAGUGAGCUCCACGAUAUCAACUAUUUCUCCUUGACAUAUACCGACAAGCCUCACCGUGCCGUUGACAUGGAGAACUCCGUGCAAAAGGUCCUUGCCCGCUCAGACAUUUCGGAACGAUACCGCAAGGCUCUGGAGUUGAAGCUCGAGGUGAUUCGCGCGACGCGGGCUCCGGCCCUCACCACAGAGGCGGUCGUGGUUCAGAAACAGAAAGCGCUUUCGUUCCUGUCGAAGAUCGAAGCGCUGUUGGGGGCUACGGAGACCAACACGAAAGGUUCGGACCAUGGUGGCUUCUUGUGGAUCUUUGGUACUCCCGAGGCGACGGCUCUAGACGCGCAUGUUGUACCGUUGAUUGCUCGUCUGUUGGAUGUUGGAAGAGGAGCGAUGUUCGAGGGUAAUCCCCGAGUGCGGGCUUAUGCGGAUCGAGCCUUUGAGACCGAAGCAUGGAAGGAUGUUAUGCAGCGCAGGAGGACGGUGUACGGCACGUAUCUCUAA